GUUUAACCAGUGACGCAUGCGUGGUCACCGCUUCCGCAACGUACCUAGCCAUCUUUCCAGUCAAGCAAAAGUGAUUGUUUUCAGUCUUAGUCUUAUUUAACUGAACUUUUAUUAAUGUCAGAACCACAGUCCGCGCUGCUGUUACGAAAACAAUUAGCAGAAUUAAAUAAAAACCCGGUAGAAGGGUUUUCUGCAGGCCUCAUAGACGACAAUGACAUAUAUCGGUGGGAAGUUCUCAUUAUUGGACCUCCGGACACAUUAUACGAAGGAGGAUUCUUCAAAGCACAUUUACAGUUUCCAAAAGAAUAUCCACUUAGGCCACCAAAAAUGAGAUUUAUAACUGAAAUAUGGCAUCCAAAUAUUGACAAAAAUGGAGAUGUGUGUAUAUCGAUAUUGCAUGAGCCUGGUGACGACAAAUGGGGAUACGAAAAAGCAUCCGAGCGGUGGUUACCAGUUCACACAGUUGAGACUAUCCUGAUAAGUGUUAUUAGUAUGCUUGCAGAUCCUAAUGAUGAAAGCCCUGCUAAUGUGGAUGCUGCCAAAGAAUGGAGAGAAAGCUAUACAGAAUUUAAAAGAAAGGUGGCGAGGUGCGUGAGAAAAAGCCAAGAAGAGUGUUUGUAGGGGAUGAACAAAUAUUCAAUUGGAAAGACUUAUUUAAUUCUGGGAAACCGUAAGCACUGUGAGAAAGAACCCGAUGCUCAGCAUAAAGCUAACGGACAACAGUGCCACUAAAAACCGGAAUAAGCCUGACCCAUCCUUAUGCAGAGAGAGAGGAAGACAGAGUGUGUGUGAAUGCAAACGAACUCACGCUGCUCUAAUCAUGUUUAUUAAAUCGCCACAAUGAUCCAGAUUCAGUGAGACGAAAAAAACAACAACAACAAAACCAGAAAGGAAUACACACGCAAUUCAACUUUUACAUAAUAAACAGCUAAAGAAAAUUAAUUUACACGUAUACAUAAUGCAAAAAGUCAUCUCUGUAUGAUUACUAUCUUAAUAUGAAUAGUUAUUAUAUAAACUUAAAAUCCCUUACCCUCUCCCCCUCCUCUCUAUGCUCAAGAAUGACCCCGAGCCCCCUUGGACAGAAUCUUGUAAUUUAAACUAAUGUGUUUAUGUUUAUCUCGAUAAUUAUUUAGUGUCGUUUCGUAUUUUCUUACUUUGGUAAAUAUACACAUGUAUAAAUAAAUUUUUAUAAAGUUGAAAAACGACGGAAAACAUG